AUGAAGUUGAGAUCCAUUCUUGGAGCGAUUUGCUCCCUCCCCUUGCUCAUUCAUGCUGCCCCCGGUUCGACCGUUAAUCAGGCCCGCCAGUCAACUGAUCGGCUGGUGUUUGCUCACUUUAUGAUUGGAAUCACCAGCAAUCGCAACUCGGCUGCUGAUUAUGACGACGAUAUGAAGCGAGCAAAGUCGCUGGGCAUUGAUGCUUUCGCUUUGAACAUCGGCGUUGACCCAUACACAGAUCGGCAGCUGGAUCUGGCCUACCAGUCGGCGGCUAAUAAUGAUAUGAAGGUCUUCAUCUCAUUCGACUUCAACUGGUACCACACCGGCCAGGGAUACGAAGUCGGCCAGAAGGUCGCUCAGUACGGGAGCCGCCCUGCGCAGCUAAUGGUCGAUGGAAAGAUCUUUGUUUCUUCGUUUGCGGGUGACGGUCUAGAUAUUAACGCCAUGCGCUCUGCUGCUGGGAAGCCAGUGUUCUUCGCACCAAACUUCCACCCCGAGAUGGGGACCGAUAUGAGCGGGGUUGACGGCCUACUCAACUGGAUGGCUUGGGACAAUGACGGUAACAACAAGGCUCCCAAGCCUGGCCGGCAUGUUACUGUCCAAGAUGGUGAUGAUGCCUAUAUCAGAGCGCUGAACGGCAAGGGUUAUAUCGCGCCUGUUUCUCCGUGGUUCUUCACCCACUUUGGCCCCGAAGUCCCCUACAGCAAGAACUGGGUCUUCCCUGGCGAUUUGCUCUGGUAUGACCGUUGGCUGCAGGUUUUGGACAUGGGUCCUCGCUUUAUCGAGAUUGUUACCUGGAAUGAUUACGGCGAAUCCCAUUAUAUUGGGCCUCUUAGCUCCCCUCAUACGGAUGACGGUGCUUCUAAAUGGGUCAACGAUAUGCCCCACGAUGGCUGGAUGGACAUGUCCAAGCCGUUUAUCGCUGCGUACAAGGAUGGUGCUUCUAGUAGCUCUGUGAACAGCUAUAUUACCGAGGACCUCCUUGUUUACUGGUAUCGACCUGCGCCCCGGGGUGUUAACUGCGAUGCAACCGACACGUGUAUGGUUCCGGCCAACAAUGGCAGUGGUAACUAUUUCAACGGGCGUCCUGAUGGGUGGGAGACCAUGGAAGAUGCAGUGUUUGUGGUCACCACGCUCACCGAGCCAGCAACAGUUACUGUCAACUCUGGUGGUAAUGUUCAGGUGUUCGAUGCGCCUGCAGGGGCCAGCGCCUUCACCGUCCCGAUGGGUGUUGGAUCCCAAGCCUUCUCACUCAGUCGGAAUGGUCAGGUCAUCCAGUCUGGAGUCAGUCUCCUGCCAAUUAUCGAUGGGUGUGUUUGCGGGUUAUAUAACUUUAACCCGUAUGUGGGAACUCUUCCACCUGGCCCAAUCGAUUCUCUCCAGAGCGCGGGUCUCAACAGCCUCACGCAGGGGCUACAUGUGCAGACCUGCGCGCCCACCCCUUCCCUCGGCAACGACUACAGGUACGACCACCCGCACAACCAGUACCAGCACCAGGACCACCAGAACGCCCACGGGACCCACGACCACCAGGCCACAGCCAACCUCCACGACCCGUACAACUACACGGACCAGCACGAGCACCAGAACCACGACAACAAGAACAUCAACCACGACGACCCGCACAACCACAACCACAACCACGAGCGGCCCCGGCACCGGCCAAGUCUGUACCGGCGGAACCGGCCCCGGAAACUACGUCGGGCUGUGCAGUUUCGCUUGCCAUUAUGGCUACUGCCCUCCAGGCCCUUGCAGCUGCACGCAGUACGGAGCACCAGUUCCCACGCCGCCGACUACCGGUACGAGAUGCUUACCGCAGUACGGUUUGGAUAA